CCACGUCAUCACCGAUGUCAUCCACAUCCUCUUUCAUGAACACUCCCUCACCAGGCUCCAGUGUCCUCACCUCCUCCUCCCUCUCCCCUCCAAUUGCAGCACGCACCAGACAACAAUCAGAUUCAGCUCUUACGAUGCCAAUGGUGCAAGUUAUGGGUCCGGAUGGAAAUCCAGGUUUUGUCUACCGCCCAUGGACAACUCAGGACCUGAUUGAUGCAGCAAGGUGGUGCUGCCAUGGCACGAGCCUAUGUUCAGUUCAUCAAAGAUUUCACACCAACCUCAGGCGAAAUCCAGAGAGUCAUGAUGAAAUACAUGAAACCAUCUGAUUUCUCCAAGGUGAAAGACAUUUUCCCAAGAGAUGGCGACUUCAGACCACAAACGGUGAAUUGGGACACUAAUGACAAUGCUGAUCUAGCAGACCGACAGUAUCAGGACUUUAUCACACAAUUAGGACUGAAAUUGGUUGAGGUUUUCCCUGCUCACUGUGACCUCGCUAAAGUGAAUGCCUGCUGUCAGAAGGAAGAGGCAUGCAGAGAGGACGCAGGCCAUGGCAAGGAGAGAGAUCAGAUCCAAGAAUGGGACCACCACCAGGUUACGAUGUGUGCUUCCUGUGUGGCAAUAAAGGACAUUGGGCAAAGGAUUGCACACAAUUCCGAGGCCGAGGCAGAGGAAGAGGUGCUCCACCUAGAGGCAGAAAUGACCGUUGGCAACAAUCAUCUGUCUGAUCUGAGAGACGAGGGAGGGGAGGACCGGAUGCGUGCGUCACCCAGACAGCCUACCCUGAACCUUCAGAAAAGGGGAGUGAGAAUGACACACACACACACACACACACCACUCACACGCUUACACCGCAGCAACAACACCAACUACUCACAGAUACUAUUGAAGUUUUACAGAGAAAAACUGAGUUUAAACCUAUAGGAACAUACACCAUGUAUGAUGACUCAAUGGUGCAGAAACUGCCCACUAUGAUUUUGAAUGUUGCAGGAAAAGAUGUUACAUUUAUGGUUGACUCGGGUGCAACACGCACAGUGUUAAAAUACUCUGAAAUACCUAAACCAGACAUUGCCAAACUCAGUGGCAAUUUCAUGUAUUCCAUUGGUGCAUGUGGAACAACAGUGAAAGAAAACUAUACAUCUCCAAUUACGUGUUCUCAUCCUGAACCAUUUACUAAAGUAAAGCACUCAUUUUUGCUUUCCCAAGUCUGUCCAUUCAACUUGUUAGGACGAGACUUGAUGAUGGCUUUUGGCAUCGACCUGAUUUCGACACCAGAAGGAGUUAAAGCUGUGAGACGAACAACUCCACCCAAUCCUGAAGCCUAUAUAAUGGCUAAGUAUCAACCUGAUUUAAUCUCCUCGCUGCUCUACAUAUACCAAUGGAAAGUUGAGAGUGUUUUGGCUCCAUCUCUAACUGAACGUGCACAUGCACUGGUUAGCCCAACUGCAGCUUUCAUGCAGCCUGAGGCACUCCAUUGCACGUCACACGUGACAACUGACCUUGACAGAGACUAUGAAACUAAAUGGUGGACUGACAUCAACGAUACUCUACUGACUGACUCUCUCUACUGGACAGACCUGCGAUGUGCACUUUCUGUCAGCUUAACAGCUGAACAACAACGAUUUUUUCUGAUUAACAAUUCACAUCCACAUAUUUCGCUUUCCAAAGGACAAACUGAUCAAUGGAAAGAUUUAGGUCCAUGGACAAAAUCAUGCAUUGAGCUCAAAGAUUGGCAAUCUACACCUGACCCACAUGUGUCGUACUCGCCAAAGGGGGGUGUUUUCAAAACUGCAUGCAAAUUAACUGUGGCUACUCUGAAAUCUGUCUACUUGCUAGACCACAAUCUUGCUAAAACCGAACACAUACAGCAAAUGUUCUCCGCAGAACAGAUCCAUCCAGCCCUUGCACAAGUCCCACCCAAAUUGUGGGCACAAGGCAAAUAUGAUGUAGGUCUCAUAAAAAAUUGUGAACCUGUAAUAGUCACUCCUAAGUCUGACUACAGACCAAAACGAGUUCAGUACCCUCUGUGUCCGGAAGCCGUCAACGGCAUUAAACCUGUUUUUAAAUCCUUAUUGGAAGCCGGUGUUAUUAUCCCAUGCGAUGACUCACCUGUCUGCACUCCUAUUUUUCCAGUUCAAAAAGCUAGAGAACCACCAUCUCUACCCGAGUGGCGAUUUGUUCAAGACUUAAAAGCAGUUAAUGCAGCUGUUCAUGCCAGAACACCAAGUGUUCCUAACCCCUACACUUUGCUUUCACAAGUUCCAUCCUCUGCUAAGUGGUUUUCAGUUGUUGAUCUAUCAAAUGCAUUUUUCAGUGUUCCUGUUCACAAGGAUUCUCAGUACUGGUUUGCAUUCCAGUUCAACGGGAAAGGUUAUACUUUCACCCGUUUAUGUCAGGGUUUCACUGAAUCACCAACAAUUUACAAUCAGGCUUUAUGCGAAUCAUUGUCGCCUCUAGCGCUCUCUGAUGGCACUGCCUUACUACAAUAUGUAGACGAUCUUCUGAUCUGCGCUCCAACUGAAAAAAACAAUGCAUAACUGACACUAUCAAACUGCUCAAACAUCUGGCAGAAGAA